GUACACCGCACACGUGCGAGGAUUUGAGAUAUUCAGCUUUGACUUUGUGGAAACGAAUGCACUUCUCCUCUCUCCCAGCAGAAAUUUAUGCAGCAUUCAUUGAGCAACUUGAUGAGCCUGACGUUCGGGCGACUCUUCUUGCGUUGACUCGGGCUAUUCCUCGCUCUCCUGUACCGCGAUAUCAGCUCUUUCGUCGCAUCAACAUCACCAAAGCAGACCAACUUAUCUCUUUGUAUCAGCGAAUUCGACCUCGUAAGCAGGACAUUGAACAUCAUGGUGAAGAUCCUUGCAAAUGGGUGCAGGGCUUGUAUUUGGAGACAUGGACAGCAGAUGCAGAAAUUGUACUCAACUUAUUGACGCUACUACCGAAUCUAGAGGCGUUGACGAUAUGGAUUGGCCCGAAGAAUUUCACCCCAGAGCACCUAGAAGAACUUUUUUCUGUUGAUCGUGGGGGACGAUCUUUGAGAUGCGUGGAGAAUCUGCUCUAUCUUUCGCUGAGAUUCAGACCGUACGUCCAGAAAGCUACUUAUCAUCAGUUCCUAAGCGGAUCCUACUUUGACUCAAUCCUAGAGGCAUUAUCACGCUGGCCGCCAGGCCGUCUUUCUACUUUAUCUAUCGUCCAAGAUCCUCUGUCUAUGGAAUCAGGUACGAGCGAAGGUUCCGAAGCCAGCCCACCACCUACCUUCUCUCUUGGCCUUCCUCAGCGCACCUUAGCAUCAGGAUUUGCUCAGCCCAUUGUAUUCUUCCAACUCGAAUCGACAUUUCCCGGCCUUCUUCGUGCACCGUACCUGCACGUCCCUCUUAAAUAUCUUCGGUUGCGUUUCCCCUCGCGGAAUAUCAUCCGAUCUCUGACUCAGGAACCGGUCCCUUACUUACCGUCGUACGGAGCGUCUAUCCCUGCAGGCUCCAAACCAUCCAAGAGAUACGUUCGCCAUGUUGCAAACGCUCACCUGCCACCAACUCCCUACCUGCAAUUCCUAGACCUUUCCACUUGCCUUAUUUCAGAACGCUCUCUUCCUCAGAUACUCAUACAGUAUCCUUCCCUUACACACAUCAUUCUAGAUGACUGUAACAUUCUACGCAAUGGUGACAUUGCAGUUAGGGACGAUUCGCGUGAAUGGGGUAGCAUUGCAAUGAGCUGUGCAAUUGCCGGAAUAGGUAAAGCGAAAGAGAAGGAAAAGUUGGUGACUGCUUGGCUCAACAUGCCUGGAGUUCGACAGAAACGGGAGCAAAAAUUGGAUGACAGAGAUCAAUAUACACAGAACAAAAGACGUACUCGCGGGAGGAAAGGAAUAGCUAAUGCUUCCAUCUCCAUCCACAAGAAGGAUAUUACGUCUGGGUCAUCCAUCACAGAACCACAGGUCCAUGACGCACCUGAACGUAUCCGCAUCCUGCCUCCUUUGCCGACGUUACGCCAUCUCACUGCUAACCUCUAUGUUCCUCCGUCGAUGAUUCCUUCCGAAACAUGCGCUCUUCCACCUGAUGUUCUUGAUCCUCUUCUCGUCAACAUACACAGAGAAUGGGAACGUGGAUGGGCCGAGGGCUUGGCACAACUCGUCAAAGUCCGAGAACGAUUACACACCAGCUGGCGGAAUAAUUUGGUGCGCGUUAUGAGAUUUGCCACACCCGAAGAAAUGGGUUCAUUCUCGAAUAGUUUCGAGAAACGCUUAGUAUCAUUGGGCACUGAGGGAGGUUCUUUGUCGCGCUCACACUCACCUACAAACUCUGAGACCGGCUUUUCCGAGACUAGUAAUGAUGAAAAUGGAAUCAAAGCUUUGGAAGACCCUCUGACAGCUUUAAUCGAAGUCACAGACAGGCAAGAAUUUGACCUGGAUAUCAGUGAUACUUCCUCUACUGGCAUUGGAAAGGCACCUGUUCUAUGCUUGGCUGGUAGUUCAUUAACAUCCUCUAUGAGCUCCGAGCAAAAUACAUUGUUACUGUAUGGAGUUAACAUGGGUACAGUAUGCAUUCAGGGCCUUGAUCAUGCAUCGAGUUGUGCUCACGUUGCAGGGAGAAAACUCUGGUUGGAUGGAAUACCAUGAAUGUAGAGCAAAGACAUUAGAAACGUGUGGAAAAUAUAUACUGUAUACUUGGAAGAGAUCGUAUAAUUGCGGCCAGGGCAAAAACAAUAACAACAACCGACGACGGGGAUCGAACCCGCAAC